GGAUCUGCAUCUGGAAAUCAGAAUAAAACAAGCAGGCAGGGCAGCAUGGUGUAGUGUGUGUGCUUGGCUGGGUGUGUGAAAUGCCUCGUGGGUGUUGGUAGAGUGGGCUUGACUGUGGGUGCUUGAGGGGCAGCCGGCGUUCAGGAUUGUGACUGCAGGGAGUUUGAGGGAGUUUCUGAAUGCCCUCGGUCUCGGGGAUGGGCAGUGGAACGGGGGCCUUCUCAAGCUUUCUCCCUCACCCCAAUACUGGGACGUGGCUCACCGGGGCCUUGGUGGGAAGGCUCUUCCUCCCUCCUUGGGUGGCAGGAAAUAACCUCCCCAGCGCAGCCCAGUGCAGCUGUGGUUUGGUGAGAUGCCAGGGCUGGAGUGCUGUGGAGGAAGCUUCCGUUGUUUUUAACCUUUCAUUUUCAGGCUACACCCUGAGAGGCCGUCCUCGGUUGCUGGGAGCCCUUGUGCCGGGCCUUCUCUCCUUGUUGCCUUCCAGAAACAAGCUGCCGUCUGGGAGGCAGAAGAUGCCCCACUCCAGCCUGCAUCCAUCCAUCCCACGGCCCAGGGGUCACAGGGCCCAGAAGGCAGCCUUGGUCCUACUAGGUACCUGCCUGGCGGCCCUUUGGGGGCUGGGGGAGCUGCCAGACUACACUCUCCAGUGGCUGGUGCUCCACCUGGCCUCCCAGCAGUUGGGACUGCUGAUCAAGGGGGUCUGCAGUCUGGCCGAGGAGCUGUGCCACGUCCACUCCAGGUACCAGGGCAACUACUGGAAGGCUGUGCGGGCCUGCCUGGGCUGCCCCAUGCGCCGUGGGGCCCUGCUGCUGCUGUCCUGCUAUUUCUACUUCUCCCUCCCAAACGUGGCUGGCCUGCCCUUCACUUGGAUGCUUGCUCUCCUGGGCCUCUCACAGGCACUUAACAUCCUCCUGGGCCUCCAGGGCCUGGCCCCAGCAGAGGUCUCUGCCAUCUGUGAAAAAAGGAACUUCAAUGUGGCUCAUGGGCUGGCCUGGUCAUAUUAUAUUGGGUACCUGCGGCUGAUCCUGCCAGGGCUCCAGGCCAGGAUCCAAAUUUACAAUCAGUUCCACAAUAAUGUGCUACGGGGCGCAGGAAGCCACCGGCUGCACAUCCUCUUCCCGUUGGACUGUGGGGUGCCUGACGACCUGAGCAUGGCUGACCCUAACAUUCGCUUCCUACACAAGCUGCCCGAGCAAAGUGCUGACCGUGCUGGCAUCAAGGGCCGGGUUUACACCAACAGCAUCUAUGAGCUUCUGGAGAAUGGGCAGCCGAACCCGCAGAGGGAAGCAGCUUCUCCUUGUCACAAGAGAUUCUCCAGCACCUUCGGCAGGAGGAAAGGGAGGUUACCAUGGGCACCGUGGGGACCUCAGUGAUGCCCGUUUCCUCCACACUGUCCCAAGAGCCUGAGCUCCUCAUCAGUGGCAUGGAACAGCCUCUCCCGCUCCGCUCGGAUGUCUUCUGAGGCCCAGGGUCACCUUCCCUGAGCCCCUGGCCAUCCCCAAGACUCUGGACUGGAGGAUUUCUUUCUUCAGCAGCUAGAGGCCUAGCAGAGCCAUUUCCUUCCAUAGGGGGCCUCUCAGAGAAGGUCCUUGGACUUGACAUCUCAAGAUGAAUCCUAUGACCUUGGGCAAGUUGUUUCACCUCUCUGAGCCUCAGUGUCCUCAUCUAUGAAAUGGGAUUAUAAUCAUUGCCCUACCUACCUCACAGGGUAGUUUUUGUGAGGACUAUGGCUGUAUGGGUUUUUUGUAAACUCUAAAUGCCAGGUAAACUUCAAGGAUCUUCCAGGUGUCUCCCAUUGGACCCUCAGACCUACUCUCUACCUCUCCUCUGUCCUGGGAUGACUUCAACAGGCUCCCUUGCCCUCUAGAUUCCGGUCACAUUCAGUCAAUGGGAAGCCCCAGUGGGAGAAGGAGGGGAAGGGAAGGGUGAGCCUGGGGUAUCUAUUCCCCCAGGUCCCUCCCUGCAGUAUCAAGGUCACUGUGGGCUCUCUCUAGACCUAAAGGACCCUUUCAGUAACC